AUGAUGGUCCAUUCCAAGAGCUCGAUCAUUCUGUUCGUUGCCGUCCAUCUCCUGGGCUGUGCUUCCGCGCGGGAGAGCUGUACUUUGGACAGCUUCAAUGCAACUCUCGGCGGUCGCGUUCAGCCGUUGAGGCCUUUCUCUCUGCCAUGUUACUCCCAAUAUAAUGGCACGGCUGUGGCGUCGGAUCAAGCCGCGUGUCAAGUGAUCCAAAGCAACUACAGCGAUCCUUUUUUCAGGUCGAACUCCGCCAAUGGAUUCAUGUACAAUCAAGUGGAAACGUGCGCCUCCGACCCUUCAAAUCAAUGCCUCCUCGACAACACGAAUACUGCAAAUUCGCAGGCUUUUAAGGGCGACUGUAGACAAGGCAAUGUUCCAUCUUUGUCACUCGAAGUCCAACGCCCUGAAGACGUGGUUGAGGCGUUCAAGUUCUCUCGUUGUUCGGGGACGCGCCUUUCUAUCAAGAACAGUGGCCAUGACUUCCUGGGUCGCAGUAGUGGCGAGGGCACUCUUUCCUUAUGGACUCGGCACCUUCAGUCGACGCAUUACGACUCUUCCUUCACACCGACCGGCUGCAGUGGCCGGAAUGCCUCGACCUACAACACAAUCACCGUCGAAGCCGGUGUGAACUUCGACGAGGUCUAUACCUUCGCGCAUGCCCAUAACGUGACGUUCAUCGGUGGCUACUCUCCCACUGUUGGUGUUUCAGGUGGAUGGGUGCAGACGGGCGGUCAUUCUAUUCUUUCACCCGUAUAUGGGCUCGGGAUCGACCACGUUGUGGAAUACAAGCUUAUCACUCCCGACGGCCACUACCGCAUCGCCAACGAAUGCCAAAACCAGGACCUGUUCUGGGCUCUACGGGGUGGCGGCGGUGGCACUUUCGGUGUUGUCCUGGAAAGUACCCAUCGCGUUGAACCGCGCGUGAGUCUAAUUUCCGCCUACAUCAAGUUCCCUCUAAAAUCCAACUCGAGCAAUGUGCUCCCCUUCCUCGACAUUCUUGUGAAUAAUACUGUGAAAUGGGCCCACGAGGGCUGGGGUGGCCAUAUUAACGGCAACUCUUUGAUCAACGUUACCCCGUUGCUCUCCCUAUCCGAGGCAAAGGAGUCGCUCGCGGAUGUGGUUGCGUAUGCGACGUCGCAAGGUGGAACCGCAGUUAUUGAAGAAUUCUCCUCCUGGUACGGAUUCUACGAGAAAUACGUCGCGGCGAACGCCGUGACUGUGGGUAACACUCACUUCGCAGCAACGCGACUGAUCCCACAAUCGGUGUUUGAAACUGCACGUGGUCGCGCUGACCUGAUGAACUUCUUUUCCGUGCUGCUGUCCAAGGGUGGAAGCGUGUACAUUCCAGUUGUGGGGCCCCUUCUCUACAAAGACGCCAAGUCGACAUCUGCCACCCCAGCCUGGCGCGAGGCGAUCUGGUCUCUCGGAGCCGACGGUUUCUGGGCCUGGAACAGCACACUGCAGACACGUGAGCAGAAAGUGGACGAGCUCAAGUACAUGACAGGCCUCCUUGAGGAUCUUAGUCCCGGUAGCGGGGCCUACAGCCCCGAGGCUAACCCGUUCACCGAGGAUUGGCAGGAAGCUUGGUGGGGUUCGGAAAACUACGGCAAGCUGCUCAAGCUGAAGCAGAAAUACGACCCGGAAGGCCUGCUACAUUGCUGGAAGUGUGUUGGGUGGGAGGAAGCCGACGCGAAAAGCUCCUGCUGGGCGGCAUUCGACUAGCUAGCGGAGUAGUCUAUAGGCUAAUGUUUAGCUACACAAUGUAUAUUAAUGUCUCUCUUACGGAACACGGUGUACUCCAUAUGAACUUGCCAUGUUCCGAACAAUUUUCUUUCCAGUUGGU